GAGAAAGAGAAUCAAAUAACGGAUUUAAGUAUUCUUGAUCAAGCGAUUCUCAUGGCCUUGUGUCUGGAUGUGAAAAACAGCAACCCCAUUGACGGUCUGACGGGUGAGGAAAUGGCAGCAUUCCUAGCACGUGUAUUGGAGCACCACGACGACUGGAUGGUGUAUUCCACUGCACUCUUGGAACGAUCUUGGUUGGAAUUUGAAAGAUCUCAUGCCCGUGAGCGUGCCAUUCUUCAAAUGCAAGCUCUUGCUGAUCAGCACACGAACAGGCUUACAAUCACACAAUCAACAAAGAAGAGUGUCGAAGAAUCAGCACAGGUUCAGAACCGCUUAAAGAAUCUUCACAAAAUUGUGUAUCCUCCACGAUGGCUGAUGUUACAAGACUUGGCUGAUCGAUAUGCCAAUUUGGGAAUCGUCACAAGCGCUGCCGAGAUCUUUACUGAAAUCGAGUUCUGGGACGACGUUGUGGAUUGUUACAAAAGAGCUGGCAAGAAAUCAAAAGCUGAAGAGAUCGUUCGCAAACGUCUAUCUAUACAGCCAACACCGCGUAUGUGGGCGGCUCUUGGUGAUCUAAAAAGUGAUCCCCAAUACUACGUACGAGCAGCUGAGUUGUCGAAGGGACGUUUCUCGAGCGCUUACGUGUCGCUGGGGCAGCACUACUUUGACAAAGGCAUGCUGGAAGAUGCCUCUGAACAAUAUAUAGCGGCGUUGAGGAUUCGACCACUUGACCCUCCAACCUGGUUUCGGUUGGGAGCUAUCUCGAUGCAACUGCAACGAUGGGAGACAGCACUUCGUGCGUUCUCUCAAGUCGUGCAACAAGAGCCAGAGGAGGCCGAGGCGUGGGCAAAUGUCGCGGCAGUCCAUAUGCAUAACAAGCAUCCUGCAGAAGCGUAUCCAGCUCUUGUUGAAUCUUUGAAAUACAAUCGAAAUAAUUGGCGCGUAUGGAACAGCAAGCUCUAUACAUGUCUUGAUCUUGGAAAGUACGAUGAAGCCAUUCAAGCCUGCAACAUGCUUCUGGAUCAACGCUCUGAAAAACAAAUGUCAGCUGGAAUCCCUCCCGUGGAAGAAAAGUGUGUCCGGGCGAUUGUAGGUGGCGCACUUCAGACG